GGUCCGGUAGAACAGUUGCCGUCGAGCGGAGAGAGCGUUCGCACGUGUGCCGCAGGUGGAUUACGGAUUUUUGGAGUCAAGGAUUACCGCAGGAUCACCCGAGGAUAAUACAGUGCUUAGCCACUCAUCUAAAGGACAUUUUGGAACACCACAAUGGAGUUCCUUAGCGCCCAGUGCGCUGCCCGUUCGGCGGGUCCGGCAAAUACGCUGAUGUCCUUGCUCUUGUCCACGCUGAUCACCAAGUACUGCGAUCUGAGCGGACAAAAUCAGUGGCCAGAGGACAAGGGCGAUUGGCUGGAUCAGGCUGGUAGCUUCAAGCAUGACUACGAUUUUAUUGUGAUUGGAUCGGGUAGUUCGGGCGCAGUGGUUGCUGGUCGUCUGGCCGAGGUAAAGAACUGGAAGGUGCUGCUCCUGGAGGCCGGUGGUGAUCCACCAAUUGAGACGGAGUUCGUUGCCUGGCACAUGGCCACCCAGUUCUCCGAAUGGGAUUGGCAGUACCACUCGAAACCGAACGGACGUGCCUGCAUGGCGAUGAAGGGCGAAAGUUGCCACUGGCCGAGGGGCAAAAUGUUGGGCGGCACGAAUGGAAUGAAUGCCAUGAUCUAUGCCAGAGGAACGCGCAAGGAUUUCGAUGACUGGGAGGAGAGGGGCAAUCCCGGAUGGGGCUACGAUGAGGUGCUGGAGCACUUCCGCAAGGCCGAGGAUCUGCGUUCCACGCGACCGGACUACAAGUCCGGCGAUCAUGGCGUCGGUGGACCAAUGGGACUGAACAAUUACGUAUCCGACAACGAAUUCCGCACCACCAUUCGCGCCGGCAUGCAGGAGAUGGGCUACGGCAGUGCUCCGGACUUCACCGAAGGCUCGUUUGUGGGUCAAAUGGACAUCUUGGGCACUCAGGAUGGCGGUCGCCGUAUCACCACUGCCCGAUCUCAUCUGAAGAAGAAUACGCCCAAUCUGCACAUCCUGCGACAUGCCCACGUCAAGAAGAUCAAUCUGGAUCGCAACAAUCGAGCGGAGAGUGUGACCUUUGUGCAUCGCGGCAAGAAGGAGUACACCGUGAAGGCCAGCAAGGAGGUCAUCGUGUCCGCCGGUGCCAUUGGUUCACCCCAGAUCCUGCUGCUCUCAGGCAUCGGUCCUGCCGAUCACUUGAAGAGCCUGGGAAUUCCCGUGAAACUGGACCUGCCCGUGGGUGAGAACCUCAAGGAUCACGCCAGUCUGCCGGUGAUCUUCCAGAUCGACAAGUCCACUGCCCGCAAGCCCACCGAGGAGGAGCUGGUGGAUGCCAUGUACAACCUGCUUAUGGGUCGUUAUAGCAAGCUGUUGCACCACGAGGCCACCGCCUUGACGGGAUUCAUCAACACCACCUCGAUUGAGGGACCCAAUCCGGACAUCCAGACCACCAAUUUCUUCAGCCUGAUGCAGAGUCCUGAACUGAAGGGCUAUGUGGCUGCCACCGGAUUCAAUGAUCGCGUGGCCAAGAGCAUUUUGUCGGCCAACCAGGAGACCAAUACCUACAUUACAUAUUUGCUGCAUCUGAAACCUUUCUCGGCGGGAAGUUUGACCCUGCAAUCUACGAACUAUUUGGACGCUCCGAUCAUCGAUCCCGGUUAUAUGACCGAUGAGCGCGAUGUAGACACCUAUAUCAGGGCCUUGAACAUCUACAAGAACUUGCCGAAUACCAAAGCCUUCAGUGAGCGGGAGGCCGCACUCCACAAACUGGAUUUGGAGGCAUGCAAUGGUCUGACCUAUCAGUCGGAUGACUACUGGCGCUGCUAUAUCCGUCACAUGACCACCACCGUUUACCAUCCGGUCGGAACCACUCGCAUGGGCCCAUCCACUGAUCCCACUGCCGUGGUGGAUCCCCAAUUGAGGGUUCAUGGCGCCAAGGGAUUGAGGGUGAUCGAUGCCAGCAUUAUGCCCGACAUUGUGGGUGCCAACACCAAUGCCGCCUGCAUCAUGAUCGGCGAGAAGGGGGCGGACAUGAUCAAGGAGGAGUAUCUGGGCGGAAAACACACCGAGCUCUAAGCUCAGCGAUAUUUUACGAUAUAAGCUUUAACUUUUUGUCAUUUUUUUUUUUGUUACAAUAAAUAUAUGCUUCUUAAAUAGAAUUGUAA